UAACACCCCAACCCCAAUAAUAUAAAUAGUUAAAAAAAGAACAAUGGCUCAAAAAACCCCCCUAGACCUCUCCGUCUACCUAGUCACAGACUCAACUCCCGCAAUCCUCAAAGGCCGGGAUAUCUGCGCUGUCGUGGAGGAGGCUCUUAAAGGAGGAGUAACCAUUGUCCAGUACAGAGAUAAGAAAAGUGACACGGCCGCUCAGGUCGAGACGGCCAAGAAGCUGCACGGGAUUACUCGCGCUUAUAACGUGCCGUUGCUGAUCAAUGAUCGGGUGGAUGUUGCUCUUGCGGCUGGUGUUGAGGGUGUUCAUUUGGGGCAGGAUGAUAUGCUCAUAACCGAAGCAAAAAAAAUCCUCCCCGAAAAUGCCAUCAUCGGUAUCAGCGCUGCUUCCGUCGAGGAAGCCCAAGCAGCAAUCGACGCUGGUGCUGACUAUCUCGGGAUAGGAACUAUGUUUGCGACACCAACAAAAACCAACACAAAACACAUCAUCGGCACCGCCGGCACUCAAGCCAUCCUCGACGCCAUCUCUGACACUGGCAGCUCCGUUGGCACCGUCUCCAUAGGUGGAAUCAACCUGUCCAACGUUCAACGCGUCCUGUACCAGUCCCAGGCUCCUAGGAAGGGGCUAGAUGGUGUUGCUAUCGUCAGCGCUAUCAUGGCGGCGGAUGACCCGAAGGCCGCUGCUGAUGAUUUCGCAAAGCGGAUCAAUGCUGCAGCUCCUUUUGCUACACUUUCCAAAGCUCCGCGGGCAGACGAAGCGAAUUCAUUGCUGAGUGAGGUGCCUGAGAUUGUGCGUGAAGUUGUCAAGGCGCAUCCCUUGGUGCAUAACAUGAUUAAUUAUGUCGUGGCCAACUUUGUUGCGAAUGUUGUGCUUUCCAUGGGCGCAUCUCCCAUUAUGUCUCCAUACGGCGACGAAGCCGUGGACAUCGCCCAAUUCGACGGUGCUCUAGUCAUCAACAUGGGCACCCUGACCAGCGAAAGCAUCCCCAACAACCUCAAAGCCAUGAAAGACUACAACGAGCGUGGUAACCCUGUCGUAUACGACCCUGUCGGCGCAGCAGCCACGCAGAUCCGACGCAACGCGGUUAAUACGCUCAUGGCAGGCGGCUACUUCGAUCUCAUCAAGGGAAAUGAAGGGGAAAUCAAGCAUAUCUCGGGGAACGCGACAACACAACGCGGCGUUGACAGUGGGCCCAGCAGUCUCAGUGGUGAACAGAAGGCUGCCUUGGUUCGGGAUCUGGCACAGAAAAAGCGAAACAUCAUCCUCAUGACAGGGACCGUCGACUACCUCAGCGACGGCGAACGCGUGAUCGCGGUCGAAAAUGGCCAUGAACUCCUGGGUCAGGUUACCGGAACCGGUUGCGCAAUCGGCUCCAUCUCCGGCUGCUUCCUCGCCACUCACCGCUCCGACAAACUCCUCGCCGUUCUCUCCGGCCUCCUAAUGUACGAAAUCGCAGCCGAGAACGCCGCGGCUAAGGAAUACGUCCGCGGGCCAGGAAGCUUUGUCCCUGCUUUCUUGGAUGAGCUGUACGCUAUCCGUCAGGCGGCGCUGAAGGGUGAUGAUAGUUGGUUUGAAGGACGGGGGAAGAUUCGGGAGGUUAAGGUGUAAUCUUGCCUCGGUAGGCAGUGUUGUAAAGUAGAUAGAUACCCGGGACAUAAGACAGCAGUCUCCAACUCAAAACAUGCCUGAUGAAUCAGGCAACAGAAGUUUUCCGUUUCCCCGCACAAUCUUUCCCCGCUCCGAUAUUCUCCGCAGCAUUUCUCUAAUCUCACUCCUUCGCCAUCGUUCAUCC